UUUUAUUGCUAGAAACUAUUAUUUACUAUUAUUUAUUAACGAUGUUUAGAAAUAUAUCAUAAAUCUUCAUGACUUAAAAGCAAAAACAUGUCUGGUAGUGGAAAAUCUCGAUACAGACCAAGAUCUGAAGCUAGAAGGCAUACCAAUCUUUGCACGCAGCAGCGUCGAUUACGUCAUUUGACAUGCAUCAUUGGUCGUAAUAUUGAUUCUUUGUUAGUGCCAAUCACAAGACAAACAUCAAAAUGUUCUCUUCUUAGCUUGUAUUUUACUAUACAUGCAGAAGAUAACCCUGAAACAAUUUUGUAUCAAAGUGAAACAAUUGAUGAUACACUGAAUCCAAAUUGGAGAGAAUUUGAUUCGAGGGUGUUCUCUCAACAUCCAGACAUCAACAAAGCUUCAUCUAUAUUAGUUCAUGUUUGGGGAGCAAGAAGAACAAAAGAAUUUAAAGUUAUUUUAAGUUACAAUGUUCAUUUUUCUGGAUUGAUAUAUAGUAGAGAACAGCUUCGUUCACACGACCAAUCGUAUGAAACAAACUGUUUAAUGUUUCGAAUGUUUGGUGGUUACUAUAAAACAGCAUGUGCUAAUCAGAAUGAUUUAAACUUGAGAAGCGAUGAAGGUCUGCUCAGUAGAUACAUCAAAGUGGAACAAAAUCAGGUUCGGGCAUCGUAUAAAAAAGCUUCAUUAUUACGAGCUCAUUUUACACUAAAAGCAAUAUAUCAAACCCGUCAGCAAGUCGAUCAUGUUAAAAAGCAAAUGGAAGAAAAUUUAGCGCAGAAUAAACUCCGAAGGAGGAAGGUUGCUGAUCGAGAAGCCCUUGUGUUUAAGAAUAACCUUUUAAAGAAAGAAUUGGCUCGACUUCGAGAUAAACUUUUAGACGAAAAAAAGUCAGUUACAACUAAGCAGGAAGCUGUCGUACAGCAAGAAAAAGAUUUAAAUAAUCGUAUAUAUGAGUUGGAGCAGUAUAUAUCUGACAUGAAAGUUUGCCAUUCAGCUCACAUUGAGCGUAGAGAAACGUUGCUUAAAAUUAACGCGCAUUUAAACUUUCGUCGUCGACAACUAGCAGCUGAAUUAAGUUAUAUAUAUCCUAUUGUGGGGUUACCUCUUCGAGAUGGACACAAAGGUGAAUUCGCAGUAAAUGGUGUUCGUUUACCAAACUCUGAAGAAUUUAUUGGUGAAGAUGAUGAGAUGUUGUCUGUUGCUUUGGGAAAUGUGUGCCAUCUUGUGCACAUGAUAGCAAAGUUUUCAGAAUUACCAUUACGUUACCCAAUUCGAGGGCUGGGUUCACGCUCCUCUGUUGUUGAUUUCGUCACUGACAAAUUGACAGAAAAACAAAGAGAAUUUCCACUCUAUUCGAAAGGGAAAGAAAAAUUUCAAUUUCAUUAUGGCGUGUUUCUGCUGAAUAAAAAUAUUGCUCAGCUUCGCUACCAUAAUGGACUUGGAACUGCUGACUUACGUAACACUUUACCUAACUUAAAGCAAUUGCUUGAAGCCAAAUACGGAGUGCGUGUUGUUAUGAAACAAACUGAAUCCACCGGUUUUAAUAAAUCUGCAGUAAUGGCCACGAGAACGGUAACAUUACCAGCGGAAUCAUCCUUUAGCGCUGAAAGAUUAUCCAUGCAUUCCGCUUUCGAUGCGAUCGACGCUGAGGAGAACUCUUCACAACUCGAACAGCCGUUGAGGCGUCCCAGGAGCGAAGUUUUGUCUGGCCUUCCGUCUGUUCAUGUAAAAGCACAUCACCAACAUCGGUUUAUUGCGCGGAAAUCCACUGGUCGUAAGCAGCGUAAAUCGAAUACUUCACAUACCAACGAGGGGUCUAUCUCACCUGAUUUGAUCGAAGUUCCCAUCGAGGAUGUCGUAAAAAGAACUAUUGACGGUACACUUGCAAAGAAAAAGAUUACUAACACAUCCACUGUGAGCGAAUCUGCGGUUGAUUGCGGAGAGGAUUGUCUAAGUGAAGAGAAUAAUUACCAAGAAGACAGGCAACAGAGACGAGUAUCGUACAGUCAGCAAUUUAGUGAUGCCUUGAUCAUCCCCGAUCCGUUUGAGCGUGAAGUGGACGAUCCUCUGUCUCCUGGUGUAGAUCAAAUGUUAGUAUGAUAUAAAUUAAAAUUUCGUGUUUUGUUAACACAAGUAUAUUUUCCUAUCAAAUUUUCAAAUAUGUUUUGUUUUGUACGCAGUUUGUUAACGAAAACAAACGAAAAAAGCAUUCAGUUGAUAUGAGUUCUUUGUUUUGUUUAUAAAAUUCACGGGAUCGACAAUAAAGAUCCUUGCAAGAGUGAUAUAUUUGAAUUGCAGAAAAUAUUGGAAACUUGGUUUCUACGAUGUUAUGACAAGUUGGCAUGGUUUCUAUUAGUUGGUCACUAUAUCAUUAGGUCAAGUGUGUGUUUUUUCAGCGUUCUAUUUUGUAUUUUUGUAGUUUACGUUUUAAACUUUGUUAAAAGAAUUGUAGGCUUUGUAAAAAUUUUCAAAAAUUAUUUGAGAUGA